CAAAGUACAAGGUAUCAAGUUCUUAAGACUAGAGAAGCAGCUUAAAGAUGGCAUUUCCAUGCAUGACGACGUUCCAAGUGCGUUGCUCUGUUCAAAAGCCCUCCAUUUCAACUCCUUUUCAGCACUUCAACACUACUUUCUCUUCUGCUCCAUUUUUGAAAGAGUUGCAGCAGCUUUCAUUGCAAACAGAUGUUCUGAAGACGAUUAAGAACAUGUCUACCAAGCUUUUAGAUGCAUUUGUGGACUCUACGUUUGAGUUCGUCGAUCAACCAUUGUCCCCGUCUGACAGUAACUUUGCUCCAGUGGAUGAAUUGGAAGAAGCUGUUGUUGUCACCAACAUUGAAGGGGAAAUUCCAAAUGAUUUUCCAGAGGGAGUCUACAUAAGAAAUGGACCCAACCCUCUUCAUGGAGGAUUGCCGGUAACCAAAUCUAUAUUUGGGAGGUCCAGUUAUAACGCGAUAGAAUCAGAAGGAAUGCUUCACGCUGUGUAUUUCAGUAAAGGCAAUGAUGGGAAUUGGACUCUUGUCUACAACAACAGAUAUUUGAGAUUCGGGACAGAGAACAAACAUGUAAGCAACACCAACGUUUUCGGGCAUUCGGGAAAGUUCUAUGCAAGUGCGGAGAAUUUUCUUCCACAAGAGAUCGACAUCUUUACACUUGAAACUGUAGACAGUUGGGAUGUGAAUGGAGCUUGGACCAGACCAUUUACCACACAUCCAAAGAGAGCUCCUGGCACCGGAGAGCUAGUUAUCAUGGGAAUCGAUGGAACUAAACCUUAUGUUGAAGUGGGGAUAAUCUCUGCUGAUGGGCAGAAAUUACUCCAUAGAGUUGAUCUCAAAUUGGAUAGGGCCACCGUAUCACAUGAAAUUGGAGUUACACCCAGGUACAACAUUUUCAUGGAUUAUCCAUUGGUAAUAAACAUAAAUAGACUCUUACGCGGUGACCCAUUGUUAAAAUUCGAGAAGGAUGGAUAUUCAAGGAUUGGUGUAAUGCCUCGUUUUGGUGAUUCAGAUUCAAUUAAAUGGUUUGAUGUGAAACCAAAUUGCACACUUCAUCUUAUCAAUUCUUUUGAAGAUGGGGAUGAGGUUGUGGUGUGGGGAUGUAGAGCUCUUGAAUCCGUUAUACCAGGACCAGCUGCGGGGGAAGAUAAAUUUGAGUGGUAUUCAAGCAGAUUUAGGUCCAAGGGAUCACCCAUUGAAGGAAGUGCUGAAGAUGAAUUGAUAUUUUCUCGGCCUUAUGAGUGGAGACUAAACAUGCAAUUGCAAACUGGAGAUGUCAAGGAGAGAUUUCUGGCUCGAACUGAAUUUGUCUUAGAUUUUCCAACGAUAAAUCAAGAUUUUUUUGGUGUUCAAAAUAAAUUUGCUUAUACCCAAGUCGUGGAUUCGAUUGCAAGUUCAACUGCAGGCACAAUGAAGUAUGGAGGCCUUGCCAAGCUGUACUUAAUUGAAGAGCCAAACACCCAAUUUUCUCCGAAAGAGGGCCAGGGAGAAGGCCAGAUAAAGGUGGAAUAUCACAUGUUUGAAGAGAACACAUUUUGCACUGGAGCUGCAUUUGUCCCUAAACAAGGAGGUGGUGAGGAAGAUGAUGGCUGGAUCAUCACUUUUCUUCACAAUGAAAUUACUGAUGUAUCUCAAGUUCUCAUGGUUGAUACAAAGAACUUCUCUAAGGAGCCAGUUGCAAGGAUUAAGCUGCCAUAUAGGAGCAACUCUGCCCCAGUAGAUGAACCGGAAGAAGCUGUUGUUAUCCGUAUCACUGCCACUGAAGGCAGAAUCCCAGAUGAUUUCCCAGAGGGUGUUUACAUAAGAAACGGACCAAAACCUCUUUUCGGAGGGUUGAAAUCAACAAUGUCUCUGUUUGGGAGGUCAAGUCAUAUCUGGGUGGAAGGAGAGGGCAUGCUUCAUGCUUUGUAUUUUAGGAAAGGCAUUGAUGGGAAUUGGACUGUUGUCUACAACAACAGGCAUGUUGAAACAGAAACAUUCAAGCUAGAAAAACAACUAAAAAAACCAUCUUUUCUUCCUACCAUUGAAGGGGAUUCACUAUCUAUUCUGUCUGCAUAUGUACUUAAUGUGAGAGCUCCAGGAAGUGGGGAGCUAGUUAUAAUAUUGGGGAUUAAUGCAACAAAACCUUUUGUUGAAGUAGGAGUAGUUUCUGCUGAUGGACAGAAAUUAGUCCAUAAGGUGGAUCUCAAACUCAACAGAUGCUCCCUUUCACAUGAAAUUGGAGUUACACAGAGAUUAAUUAAAUACCAGAAAGAAGGAUAUGCGAGGAUUAGUGUAAUGCCUCGGUAUGGUGAUGCAGAUUCAAUUAGAUGGUUUGAUGUUGAACCAAAUUGCACACUUUAUCUUAUCAAUUGUUUUGAGGACGGUGAUGAGGAUGUAGUUAGGGGCUGCAGGGCUCUUGAGUCUAUCAUACCAGGACCUGAUGGGGGCAUACGAGUGGAGACUAAACAUGCAAACUGGGUCAAGGAGAGAAAUCUGAUGGGAAACAACUUCUCCAUGGACUUUCCUAUGGUUAAUGGAGCCUAUUCAUGUGUUAAGAAUAAAUAUGGCUACACUCAAGUUGUCGAUUCCAUUGCAAGUUCUACUUCAGGCAUGGCAAAGUAUGGAGGACUUGCAAAGCUGUACUUUGAAGAACCAAAGACUAAAGUUUCUUCUGUGCUUUUAUGCAUGUCCAGCCGCAAAUUUCGAAAGGAUCAUAUUGAUAUUUCCCCAAAAUUUAUCCCAUCUUGCAAUUGUAAUCAAACUGGAAAAUGCAGGAAGAAAGCUGCGCUUUUGCAGACUUGCUUCUGUUAUGCAGCAGGGUGUGAAUUGAGUUAGACUUGUAAUAUUGAGAAAAUCUAAAAAGAUACGAUUCAAUGGAUGAUUUCCUUCACAUGUUCAAAUGGGUUGUUCAUUUUUGUUGGUGAUGCCAUUAUUGUAAUGUUACGGAGUGUAAGUUUAGGAUCACAUUAUAAUGUCACGUGAUAUUAUAAUUAUAUUAUAUAUUUUUUUUAUUUUAAUUCGACCAAAUAAAAUGCCUAAAUGAAGCUUGGAUCUUUCC